UUCACUUCCUGAGUUUCACAGGUAGAGACACCUGAGGAGCAAAAAUGGGUUAAAUUGUUCGUGUCGUGAUCUCACUAUGUGAAAACACCCAAAAAGCAUAACUGUUCGUCACUUUUGACCGAAAGUCAAUUGCGUAAAAAGAAAAACGAAGAAUUUAAAAAAAGAGCAACGCGAAAUUGAGAAUCACCACCGGAUCCACAUGCGGGAUUUUUAAUCUGAUGUUAUUGUGUUAAAACUUUUCAGUAAACAAGGGAACGAGUCGGUGAGAAAAGGAGGUUUUUUUUUUUUUUCUUGUUUGUUGCUGUUAUAAACGAACCUGCAGUAUUGAUUGGGAACUGGUUUUCUCAAGAUGUCUGCUAAUUGGGUAGGGGUAUUCCUGCCUUUGCUGUUUGCCUCUUUACUGUCCCAAACGAGGGUACAGGCUCAGAGUUUUGGGGAGGAGUGCGUGGCUAAGUUUACCCUUGGUAAACCAGACUUUAUUCUGGAUACGGACGAUUCUGUGAAGGAUGGAGCCACAUUCCUCGCGUCACCGAAUAUAUCUCACUGGAGGGAGUGCGUCCUGGCCUGUUGCAUGCAACCCAGGUGCAACCUGGCUUUUAUGGAGGAAACUGACCUUAAUUGCUUUCUAUUCGAUUGUCUCUACAAGCAGUCCUACGUGUGCCGAUUUAUUAAAAAGACGGGAUAUGUCAAUUACCUCUUGAGUUCUGUCUCAAAAGAAUAUCUGGAGGGACGCAACUUAAAACCUGAUUCAGAUAAACCUCCAAGUGCACUGGCUACUUUGGACCGAGUAGUCCAGCCCCUCGAGACUGUAACCCUGGCAGGGAUUGAGAGUAAAGAUGAUCACGGUAUCGUCAGCUACAAGUGGGACCUGCUGCAAGGGAACCCCACAGUCCAGUGGCAGAAAACUGAUCUAGAUGACCAGGUGGUUGUGUCCAAUCUGAACGAAGGCACCUACAUUUUCCAGCUGACGGUGACGGACACUGUGGGGCAGACGGAUUCUGCGAAUGUCACUAUCCUAGUUCUGACAAAGGAGCAGUCAGAGGAUUACUGUCUGGUUCCUCAUAAGGUUGGCCCAUGUCGGGGUUCAUUCCCUCGCUGGUACUACAAUUCAGAGCUCGGGAAGUGUGAGAAAUUCCUGUAUGGGGGCUGCAAACCAAACCAGAACAAUUAUUUGACGGAGGAAGAUUGUACAGGGGCCUGCCGGGGGCUGAAUGCUGCAUCUGCACAUUCAAGUCGGAGUGUUUUUCCACUAAACAAGUGCAACACUGAGUGCUCCUCCAGCCAGUUCAAGUGUGGGGAUGGCUGCUGUUUGGACAGUGGUCUGGAAUGUGAUGGACAGACUCAGUGUUCUGAUGGGUCUGAUGAGGCUUCAUGCACUAAUAUAAAAAACAAAUUUGGCCGUUUGCUGGAUAUUGACAUUCCGAAGGAGAAAGUUCGUUGCACAGAACCCCCUAUGACUGGUCCAUGUCGUGCCAGCCACCUGCGGUGGUACUAUGACCCCUACAGCACACAGUGUCAGCGGUUUACCUUUGGAGGGUGCACUGGGAAUAACAACAACUUCAAGAAUGAUGAGGAGUGCAGUGCUGCCUGUGCAGGAGUGACACAAGCAGAUGUGUUUGCCAGGGGACAGUUUGAACGUCAGGAGUCUGGUGGCUCCAACUCCGGACCCAUUGCUGUGGCUGUGCUCCUUGGUGUUUCCAUAGCGAUUGUCCUUGCUGUUCUGGGUUACUGCUACCUGAAGAAUAGGAAGGCCCAUCCGCGACGCCAGGCUGUGGCUGUCAAUAAUGGCUCCUCCACCCUCUCAACCGCUGAGGACACCCAUAGACUCGUCUACAACUCCACCACCAAGCCCUUGCACUGAGAAGGAAUCUCACACACCCAGCAGUCUUGGAGAAACAUUUUGGAAAAUAAACAUAGGCCAAGAUACUCUGGCAUUCUUACCACUCACUUCUGGGGGGUGGGGGUACUUUGUUUUGCUGUAUGUAUUGUACAAGUCAUUUAUUCUACAUAGAAGGUAGAAUAAGUGACGGUAGCAUUUUAAACAUAUCCUAGGUUAAGCUAACAGUACUAAUUUGUUUAAUUUAUCGCCCCACGAGAGAUUCUGAGCCCUUCAGUACAUGCCAGAAUGUCCUGGUCAGUGUUUUAUAAUUUGAAAUGUAUCCGUUCUCCACCUCCCCACAGUGGUGUCCAACAGCUACAAGGAGUAUCUUGGAGUUUCUAUCAACUUCUGAAUCCCCUUUGUGACCUUGAGCAAGCCAGGUUAUCAUUUUGAGCUUCAGUUUCACCAUAGCCAUGUUGCCUAGUAGAAACAGGACUCUUCCAUUGGAAUUAAAUGGUCUUCCAUCGAUGAGUUAUAAUCCUGACCCUUCAGACCAUCUUUUAGAGGUGGUGUCUCUCAUUACAUAAGAGGCACACUGCGUUUAAUUUUCUUUUAUUACACUAUUACAUAUUUUAUUACAUAUUAUGCAUAUAGAUCAAUGAAGGUUUGGAUUCAUCUUAUUUUUUCUGCUUGAGCAGGAAGGGGAAAUAUUUUAGUAUAGGGGUGUAGCUUUCAUUUGAAGAUAUAGCCCAAGUCAGGAAAACUUGGUACUCCACAUUCUUUUGGAAUGGCCUCAUACAAGGUGUUGUCCAAACUCAUUGGUGAAUUUACUUGAGUCGGUGAAUGGACUGUUUGAAUGUGAAACACUCUUCUUCCUUGAUAGUCUAGACAGACCUUGUACUCUUCCUGUGUACAGUGAUUUCUAUAUCGUGUGAGGCUGUAAAAGGCUUCUAGCAGGUAUCAGUAGAGGAGUGAUGGUCUGUGAAUUGGUUGCUUUAGAAACUUUGUAUUGGCUAUGAUGAUACAAGAUAUGAGAGCAUUUCACCUUUACUAAUUUAUAAUACAAGGUCUGUUUUUAAAUAGAGACUUGGGAAAGGCCAAAAUUGCUUUUCUUUAAAACGUGAUAACUGAGACUUGUGUAAUAUUUAAGGCUUUUUGUGUUUUUUGCAUGUUGAUCAUAAACUUGCAUCCAUGGAUGUGGGGUGUACUGCUUACGGCUCUGGGUUCAAUCCACUUCUUGCCAAAACUCUGGUACUUGUACAGCGCUCUGACAAGAAUGCCAAGAAUGUUCCUCUGAACACAGGGUGGGUUUUUACUGUGACCCGGUUUGUAAGGGUUCUGUCCUGUUGCUUUUAGAUUGCUUUCAGUUGAAAAUAUUUUGGAAAUGACUGAUUCUUCCAGACGAAAAAUUAUAAACACACAAUUUUGAACUGAUUUCUAAAGGCCAAAUUUUUUUUUUGUUUUUGUUUUCCAUUUGUUUUUGUUUUUUAAACCCUGAAAAGGCUAAUGGGUUAUGUGCUUCUUUUUAUGGUAAAUAUUGUCAUGGAUGUGUUGCCCUCUAGUGUGCCAUGACGAGAGUGCAUUUUUUUUUUUUUUUUUUUUUUUUCAACCAAGUUGGAUCAGGCAAUAAAAAUUUUAAUGUAUUUUCAAGAAACCUUUUAGCUGGUGAGGGCAGGAAUGUGCUUUUCCUUCAAAUCCGUGAGCAAGUGUUUUUAUAAUGAAAUAAUUGAAUUCAAUUGAAUUGAAUACAAUACAAUGAAUUGAAUACAAUGAAUUCACACUGUUGCCCACCUCCUCUUGUCACUCAUGGAUUUCAGCUGAUGGCAUAGCCUUUCAGUGCUUUAAAUGCAUUAGAGUUUACCAUUUACCUGUUUCACAGAUAAAUCUGUAAACUAAUCGUUUUAAGAUUGUGUUUUAUUUUCUGUCAUGUCAGAUAAAGGAGUUUGUUUUUUAUUUCUUUAUUUUUUGUCUUCAAAUAGUUUGCUAAUGGUUUUUAAGUGUGUGUAAGUCAGGAUAAAAAACUUUACAAUACAUGCAUACCGCUUUACUAUUUAAUUCAUGUUGUGUGUCUUAAAAUAUGUGGUAUUUGAAGUUGUAAAAUUUCAUUGCAUUGAUGUGACUUUUUUCUGAUUUCCAUAUUUGAUUAUUUGGGAUGGUAACAAAAUUAUAGGAUUUCACCUACAUAGCAGAUACUGUAAUUUCUGAUUGGAACCUUUUCUGUUUUCAGCACGUAUAAAUGUACCCAGUGUAUUCUGGUGUAAAUGCUGUGUGACCAAACCACUGCAGUGAAAUUGACGUUUAAUAAAUUGGUUUGCAGAUAUUAAAACAUCACUAAACACACAUCGUGAUUACCAUGUGCUUAUUCCUGGAAUGCCUUUUCUGUUAACAUAGGUUGCUUUGAUAGAUAUUAUUCACAUUGUAUAGGUCAUUUUAAUAGAAAUUUAAACAUUCGGUUGUUGUAGUUCUGUGGGUGGGGGAUAGUAUAGUGUUAAGUGUACAUGGUUCUGUGUCCAGUAGAAAUGCUGUACAGUGCUGUAAAAUCCAAAAGGAUUACAGAAAAAACAGUUUUUGGAAAUCAGAUUAAUUUUGCUCUUUCACGUACUCCUGUAAAAUUGAAUAAACCAAAGUUGAUGUAUGUAUAAAAAA